UGGUAAUUUAACUUACAUUUCUGAAGCUUCUAAUUUUCCCACCAUUGUUCUCUUUUAGCUCCGCUAAAACCCUAGAAAACCUCUGGAGCUAUGGAGAUGCUGCAGGAUUCGUUCCAGGUCCAUAGGAUUCCACAAUCGAAGUAUGUGGAUGGAGUUAGAUGGCUUCCACAAGCUUCUGCUUUGAAUCGUUUCUUCGCAACAGCGUUCUAUGACCCGGAUUGUGAUUCUUCAUCAAUCGAGAUCCAAUCGCUCGACCCAAACCCUAAAGGGAAUCAGAACACGAACCCGUUAAUCGAGUCUUUAUCUUCAUGGACUACACCUUCUCGCGUUUCUUCACUGGAAGUCGCCGGAAACGGCGGUGGCGGCGGUUCAUUCAAACCUAUGGUGUCAGCAGCCACGUCUUCUGGUUCUCUUCACGUUCUGAUGGUUGAUUUGGUGGAAGGAGCUGCGAUUGAGGAGGUUUACGUGGCGGAAGGGGAGAGGUUUCAUGUGGGACGCGUGGAGGGUGUGGAUUGGAGGGAGGGAGGAGAAUGUGUGACUGUUGGUGAAGAUGGGAGAGUGAAUGUAGUGAAGAUUGUGAAUGGUGAAGGUUUAAGAUAUAGGAAGGUCUUUGAUGGGAAUGGAUUGGUGGCUUAUAGAGCUGUGAAAUGGGCGUCUCCGACUGAGUUUGUUACUGGAGGAUAUGGUUUUGGUUUGCAAUUGUGGGAUCAGAGGAAGUCUGGUGAAGCUGCCUCACAGCUCAAAGGGAAUUGGUUUCAAGGAAAAACUUCUGCUAUUGUCCACUCUAUUGACAUUCAUCCAUCUCGGAAGCACACUUGCAUUGCGGGAGGUUCUUCAGGUACUGUAUUUGCUUGGGAUCUUCGAUGGCCGCAGCAGCCCAUCGUUCUUUCUGGUGUUGGAGCAAGUGAGAAUAUAAACAAUCCUCUGUCUGAAAGUGAAGUGUGGGAGGUUCAAUAUGACUCGUACACAAAAUCCAACAACAUCUCUUCAUCAAGAAUUCUCCCUGUUAUGACCUGCUCUGAAGAUGGAAUCCUUGGUGUCAUUGAACAAGGGGAAGAACCAAUCGAGCUUCUGGCCGAACCUUGUGCCAUUAACAGUUUUGACAUCGACAGACAAAAUCCACAGGAUGUGAUCUGUAGCUUAGAGUGGGAAUCAAUUGCAGUCUUCUCGAGGCCGUAGUAAAGUAUAACAAUGCACGAUACAAUAUGUUUUGGGUUUCUUCUGUGAGCAACAAUGAAGAAAUUGAGGAAGGUGGUGAUAGAUGAUGAGAGACAAGUGUAAGGAAGAGGAUGAUGGCAUCGAAAGUUGAAUGUGUUUAUAAGUUUCAUUAUAACACAAGAUCUUAAUAACGAUCUGCUGAAACAGAGUUUUGUAUUCAUCUUAAAGUUAGUGUGAUCUUGAAAAUUUGAUAUUCUCGCUUCAA